AUGACGGGUCGGCGGCAUGUGGACCGGAUCGGCGCUGGUCGGCUCUUCGCGCAGAGGAGCCACUACACUGUGGCCUACACGGGCGCCGGCAUCUCCACCGCCGCUGGCAUCAAGGACUAUGCCUCGAAAGCCUCUCACAGUCGAGCGCUGGCUUUGGUGACCGAGACCUCUCCUGAGCAGGGCCUCACAGCCUCGCCGACUGCCAGCCACAGGUUCUUCGCCGCACUCUAUCGGAGCGAUUUACUGCAUCACUGGGUGCAGCAGAACCAUGACGGCUUGCCACAGAAGGCCGGAUACGCGCAGGAGGCUCUGAAUGAGAUCCACGGGUCUUGGUUCGACCCUUCCAAUCCAGUGGUCCACUUCCGCGCAGAGCUGCGUGCAGCCAACUUCGCCUGGCUGCUGGAGGCCGAGCUGCGGGCCCAGCUGGUCAUUGCCGUGGGCACCUCCCUUUGCGACACGCCUUCCACAGCAGACCGCCUGGUCGUGACCUGCGCGCAGCGCGCUCGGGAGCGCCAAGAGGUUUGCGGGGCCUGUGUGGUGGGCCUGCAGCGCACCCGCCUGGACCGCUUUGCACAGCUCCGCGUCUUCUGCGAGGCGGACCGCUUCUUUGAGCUGGUGGCGCAGGAGUCGGAAGGAGCUUUGGAAGACGGGGAUUCCCGCGAGUCCAACGGCAGCGAGCCGGGAGGAGGCAUCAUGGAGGUCCAAGUUUUGGCGCCAACGGUAAGACAACACGUCUUCGCGUUGGAUGUGUCGUGGCAUAGCCCAGUGUGA